UGAGAGUCCUGGGCCUCCAGUUUGGGGGUGGACACAGUGCCCGGUCCUGGGCCCGGGACGCAGGUGUGCUGUCACCCACUUGGCUGGUUAUUUCCCCUGGGUGGCCAGCUUGCCAGGUAUGGUGCCAGGGGGUGGGGAGGUAGAGGAGAAGGUGGGUGUUGCCAAGUAAGAAGUUAGUGGGUGGGUUUCGGGGAGCGCUGAUCCAGGCCCAGGGCACAGGCCGCAGCCAGACUCCGUGUUAUUGCCCAAGUCCUGGCAGUAUGCAUUGCCUGGGCGUUUGCCCUGGGAGCCUGGUGGUAUGCCAGUCACAGCACAGUCCUAGGGUCUGCCCAGUUCUGCCCUGCUGAGCUGGCAGGCUGUUGGAUGCCUGGAGGGUGCUCCUGCUGUCUGGCACAGAUGCAGCGUGGGCUGGUGCGAAUGGGGAGGUGGGCACUGUUACUGUGAACCCUUCUGGAAGCAGGGGAUUUGGAGAAAUUCUCUAAUCUCAUCUCCUCUUUGAAGGAGGAGAUGGAGUGAGCCAUAUCUGGUUCCAAACAGAGGACAUUGUAUGGAAUUGGGGUUCAGGAUCUUUGACAUAAAUUUGCAGCCAAGUUGGAGAAUGGAAAUGGAUGCCAAGGGGAAAAUGAAUAUUCGAGAUUUAGGUAGAUGGGUUGGUCCCCCACAGCCCCCUGUUAAAACACAUAGACAUUUCCCCAGAAUGGUAUCUUUGGAGACCAAAAGAAAACAAACCUCAAAAGAAAAGCUAGUAAUGUAUUUAUAAUUCUAACUGGGAUUACUCAUGAUUUUUGGGGUGGUAAGGUCUUAGUUUUCUAUGGCCUUGUCCUUUUUUGUAUUUAAGCCUCUGGGCUUUCACCUCACACCUCUGUCCAUGCACGCAUGCUAUGCACGUGACACAUUUUAAAGGGAACUUGAGCUCUUGGGAAAAGUUGCCAGGUGUCUAUAAAAGGAAAGACCCGAGAGCAGCAUUUCAAAUCCUUGUAAACAUUGGGUCUCCUUUUUAUCAUAAGCCUAAAUCUCCAUAAAGAUUGUUUGUGGAUUAGACAACCUUUUAAUUUGGUUGGUGGAUUUUUUCCUAAGGCUUCACCUUAGAAUAAGGAAGUUGGGUCUGGAAGGUAGGUCUUGAGGUGACCACGGUGUUUGGAGAUGUACAGUCUUGACCUUCAUUCAAGCUGUUCAGGUAUUUCAGUGACAGCUAAGCUGCUAGGCUGUCCGCAAGACUCAGCAGGAUGGAAGAUCCUCUGCUAGAGAAGCAUUCAGGCCUGGCGUUUCGGGGUAUUCCAGAUACGGUGCCCUUUGGCAUGGAGCUUGUGUCUCUCUCCACUCAGAAGGGCAAAUGGACUGUGAAUUAAAACUUCACCAGGCAUUGUUUCCAUCUCUUUCAUGCUGCAGUAACGAAAUACCACAGACUGGGUAGCUUUUAAACAACAAAGACGUAUUUCUCACAGUUCUAGAGGCUCGAAGUCCAAGAUCAGGGUGCCGGCACACUCAGGGCAAUCCAGAUGAAAGACAGGACUUGAUGAAUCCACUUCUAGCCCGGUAAAACAUGGAGAGGAAAAACCCACCCAGAGAGAGCCCCAGAAGACUCUCGGCCAAACUGGGCAAAGGCACAGAGAUGAAGAAAGUGGCUCGUCAGCACGGCAUGGCAGCUGCUGAGUCAGAUAAGGACUCUGGAUUUUCAGAUGGGAGCUCAGAAUGUCUGAGCUCGGCAGAGCAGAUGGAAUCCGAGGACAUGCUGAGCGCCUUAGGCUGGGGCCGGGAAGACAGGCCAAGGCAGAACUCCAAGACUGCAGGCAGUGCCUUCCCUGCACUGUCCCCGAUGGUUGUCAUGAAGAACGUGCUGGUCAAACAGGGCGGCAGCUCGUCCCAGCUCCAGUCGUGGACCGUCCAGCCCUCCUUCGAAGUGAUCUCGGCUCAGCCACAGCUGCUGUUCCUCCAUCCGCCCGCUCCCGCUCCCGUCAGCCCAUGUCACGCCGGCGAGAAAAAGUCGGACUCCAGGAACUACUUGCCCAUUCUAAAUUCUUACACCAAAAUAGCCCCCCACCCGGGCAAAAGGGGCCUUUCCCUCAGCCCGGAAGAAAGAAGGGAAAACGGGGUGCAGAAGAAAGUCUGCACGGAGAGACUUGGGCCGAGCUUGUCUUCCAGUGAGCCCACCAAGCCUGGUGCCGCGCCACCCGGGCCCCCUGCGCCGGCACCCCCAGGCGCCAAGCUCGCCGCGGACUCCGCCCCGCAGGGUGUGCCCUCCCUGGUGGCAGGCGGGAGCCCACAGACUCUUCAGCCCGUGUCCAGCAGCCACGUGGCCAAAGCCCCCAGCCUGACCUUUGCCUCCCCCGCCAGCCCCGUCUGCGCGUCAGACAGCACUCUGCAUGGCCUGGAGAGCAGCUCGCCGCUGUCGCCGCUGUCAGCCAGCUACGGCUCGCCUCUGUGGGCCGCGGAGCACCUGUGCCGCAGCCCCGACCUCUUCGCAGAGCAGCGGCGGAGCAAGCACAGGCGCUUCCAGAAUACCCUGGUGGUCCUGCACAAGUCCGGGCUGCUGGAGAUCACUCUGAAAACCAAGGAGUUGAUUCGUCAGAACCAGGCGACUCAGGCGGAGCUAGACCAGCUGAAGGAGCAGACCCAGCUGUUUAUAGAGGCCACCAAGAGCAGGGCUCCUCAGGCCUGGGCCAAGCUGCAGGCAUCGUUAACAUCGGGCUCUAGUCGUGCCGGCAGCGACCCAGAAGCGUUCUCUGACCACCCAGACAUGUAACACAGGAGGCGUAUUUCCCUGUUACUUGAGCGGUUCUUUUUAACUCUUGCGGUUUCUACUCCUGUUUCCCAGAGCUUAUGUAAGAGCUUUUCCUUCUAAACUUAAACCGUCUGGCAGUUCACUUACGAAGCCACAUGCCAGGACCUGGCUGUCUUAACCUGUGGUCUGUGCACAGUUUACACACGUCUCUGUUCUUCUGAGGACCUCGGAUGUGGAGUGUCCUCGAGUCCUCCUUAACUUAGCCUGCAGGCUGGUAGAUGGGUCACGGGGCAAAGCGGGCGAGCUGGUUGUGUGGGGCUCUUCUGGCUGCCACCUCCCACCAUCCCACUCACUCACUGUGAUCAAGGGCACAGUGACAGGGAUGAGUCCACAGAGUGACAUCUGUCAAACCAGGGAGUAGGUGACAUAAGGAUCCCUUUGUGGAUCUCCUCAUGGAUAUCUUAUGCACAGAGAAAAAUACGAGGUGUGCUCAUGUUCCACAAGGCAUCGUGCCACUUGGGUGAAAACUAAAAUGCCAUGGGCACAGGUUGGGCCGAGGGUGUAGGCGCUUAAUCAUGUGAAGCUUUGUCUUCCUCAACUGGAAAGUCAAGGGGAGAGAAGGGUAGCACCAUUGAACUCUUACACUUUAGUUCCAAGCCAGAUUUCUCUUCACUUAAACUGGUAGGCAAAAUACUUCAGAUUUUUAAAGUAUGGAAUAGAUUCGGUACCAUCUGGAAUUAUAAUUGCUGAAUUGCUUUUCUUUUCUUUUUUUUUUUUUUUUUUUUUUUGACUUAGACUCUGAAGAAAGUAGACAUGGCCAGCAUCUCUUGAUUGGGAGCUGGAAGAUUCUGGAAAUUUGUGCUUCCCCCACCUCCUCUUUUGAAACAGUGCAACCUGUUGUAUGUAUGAAAAUCUCCAAGGUAGCUUCAUGGUUCCUAAGAAUGGAUGUAAGUUAACCCCUCUGCUGCCACUUUUUUUUUCCUUUUUUUGUCAAACAGGAAAGAAAUGAUUACUAAGCUUGGUAAACUUUGAAUUAAAACCAUCCUGAGGUCAUGACACAGAAGUCCCCAAAAUAUUGGAGACCAUUCUUCGUACCGAUUUUAUUUUCAUACCCAAAGUUUUCGUUUGUCGCCUGUCACAGUGACGUGGAGCGAUGUGGGGCGGAGUCUUCUGUGUUGCCUACGUGCAUUAGAUAUCGGCAGCAAAGCCAGAGGUGUGGUGUUGGUUAUUUGAAGUUCAUCUAGAAAUGGAGGGUGUAAUAAGAAUUUCCAGAUGAUCCCGAUUCUUUCAGCUUCGUGCUAAAGGUAAAUGGGAUUUCUAAGUAGUAGCAUUUCAGGCUUUUUAUCCUUUCAUCUAAAAAUGUUGAAAAAUCUUGAAAUUUUGAAAUUUCAAAUCUUGAAAUUUGAAAUGUUGAAAAAUCAUCUUGAAAAAUCUAUGUACAAAUUAUCUUAAGAAGAAGUUCUGUAUGACCAGCUUCGUCUUUUCUGCACUAAAACGUUCUUGAAGUUUUACCAAGGCCAGAAGCUAAUGCUCAGAUUUACCUGGUAGUUGUUAACUGUAACAUAGUUUUGAAAUGACAAGACUUCAGAUUGCCCACACUUUGUUGUCCACCAUGUAUGAUUUACAUAUGGCUGACCAAUUUAGAAAUAGCUUGGUGAAAUCUCUAUACUCUCCUGAUCCAGUGCAGAAUUACUACCUGCCAUUUACUUCCUGAAAAAGAGUUUCAAAAUCCCAGCAAAUGUGUCUUUAAGCAGACCCUCGGCUCCUUUGAAUAUUCUCCUCUUGGCCCACUCCCUUUGCCUCCCCUGAAUCUGUGCUACUACGACAGCCCUGCUCUGCGCACCAUGCUAGGAAGCUUCCUUUUUGGCAGAAUAUGUUGGCAGCAAAGCUAGAGAGACAGGUGGAUUCAGAAAAGCCUGGGCACCAGUCAUGAGUCUUACUGAGUGUCAAAAAUCUGAACAUACUUGCUGAGAACCAAAUUUAUUCCAUCAGAAAAACCCUCUGUGGAGCUAUAAGCCUCUUGGACUCUUCUUCCUAGAUCAGGGUUUGCAUUUCCCUUCCUGUUAUGGUAAAAGAUGAUGAGAGCCAUCAUCGAUCUGCACUGCUGAGUGGCAGGGCGAAGCAGCACCUCCCCGGCUCUUCUCUGAUCGUGUGACUUAGUGUUGGAAGUCGCUCUAGGCUGUUAGCAUGGGUGUUCCUUCCCUCGUGGAGCUGUAAGCAGAUGAAGCCAAAUAGGGAAGCUAGUUCUUGGAAGAAGAAGUCCGUUGAGGCUCCCAGACGUUUGGGGCCAGAAGCCAGAUCGGCAAAUGGAGGAACCUCGGAGUAGACCAGAAAGAUCUCCAUUGGUUGCACACGGCUGUAAGUAGGAAUGGUCUUAGAGAGCAUGCUUUGAUCUGGUAUGAACUACUGUGGCAGGGCUGCUGGCUUCUGAAGGCGAGAAGCAAUUCUUAGUUCAGACCAACCCUUAAAGAGAACUUUUGGCAGAUUUUUUGGCCAUGUUGAAACACAUCUAGAAAAAGCUGCUGGUUGAAUUGGCUAUGGGAAUGGAGUUUAAUAACAUUUGUAAUUUAUUACAGUCGUUGCUUUUUAUUGAUUAUAGUAUUGUCUGACUUUACUAUGAGUCCUUCAACAGAAAAGUAACCCUUGUGCAUAUAUUGAAGUGUUUUUCCUGCUAUGAAUUCUUUAGGGUAGAGAUUUAUUUACCAAAUGUGAAUUCUUUUGAGGAAGUAUGAAGUUUUGUAGAAAUCGACUGUGAAAUGUCAGAGAAAAAUAAAAGUCACUUACUUGAAAACUA